CUCUGCCAUUUAGCACAGCACUUGACAACUUCGCCCUCGGUGACUGACAACACAAUACGAUAUUUUCAAGAGCAGUGUGUUGAAACAAAGGCAAAAAGACGACGAAGAGGGACAGCUACAGCGUGGCAUAUCCAC